AUGUUCAGGCGUAGUUUAUCGAAUCAUCAGUCACUGGUGGAGAAGCAGGGAAGAGCGUUCACGUGUGCUGACAAUGAAGUAUGGCAAGCAACAGAUGGUGUUGAUUCGGAAAAGGAUGAAGUGGGAUUUUCGUCUUUUCAGAUUGAAAACUGGAUUGACGCCGAGGUGGCGAAGCUCUUCAAUGGAAACGAGGACAAUGGUGUGGACAUAGACUUGGAUACGCUUCUUGGCCUCGACACCGUGCCGGCAAAGCGCAAAUUUGUCUUUGAUCAUCUUCAACGCAGUCAUUGCCCAGCAUCGAUGGAUAAGAUAACAAUGUUCUUAGAUGAGAUGAUCGACCAGUUGAAAACACUAUAA